UUUUUUAAGCCAUGUACACUCAGGUAAAUGGGCACAGUUUAUUUCGCAGUUCGUACCAAAAUUGAUCAAGUGGAUCGAUCAUACCCCAUUUUGUUAGAUCAUCUCAAAGGACUUGAUGACGGAUCUUUCAACAAGAAUAUUUACUGCUCAGAAGAAACGGCUCGACUAUUACCAUUGAUAGUGAACAGGCAUGGUCGGCCUCUAUACGAGUAUUUAAAGGAUAAGCUUAUUCCUGUACCCUACAAUGAGGCCUUUAAGUUACCCUAUAAAGAUGAGAAAAGCAUGGAUAGAGAAGUAGAAGUUGUUCUCUUAUCCGCCAACCAUUGUAUUGGAUCAUCAAUGUAGGUAUUCUUCAUUAACUGCAGGUCCUCUGUUCAUUCUGUAUGUCAUCCCAUUUGUCUGAUGCCUAUUGACCUUACUAUUAGGAUCUUCAUCCGGGGUUCAAACGGCAAUAAUGCUGUUCUUUAUACAGGUGAUGUUCGAGCUGACUCUGAUCUCUAUACAUGCGAUUUGGACAUUUUGAAAAGAGUACGAAUAAAAAAUUUAUAUAUGGAUACAACCUGCUGUGAUGAGGACAGAGAUACAUUUAUCACCAAGGUAAAACCUGUUUGGAAGGUUAACUCCUCCUGUCGAGAUCAAGUUUUUCAUGUCUAUAUUUCUUUCUUUUUUUUUUUUUUUU